AAUGGACACAAUUAAUUCACGUACAAGCCAUGCACAAAGGAAAGGAAAUUGGUAGGGCAGAUGGUCGCUAUAUCGAUCGAGACCAGAUCAGGGAAUACUUCUACGAUGCUAUGGACGAACCUUCGCAAGAUACAUUAGACCUAGCGACCGAACUGUUCGAUACCAGAGGCCGACUGAAGUCAGAGCUUAGAGCUGGCGAAGGAUCUGGGAUAUGGGGAAAUGAGAUGAAUACAGGCGGCCUCCUAUUGUUGCAGACUAUCCAUGUCGAGAAAGCAUGGUGAGGAAAAGGAAUCGGAAGAGACUUAAUGGAAGCGUUUAUGAAGAAGGGUCAGAACUGGAAAGAAGACGUACAAUUCAUGUUUGCCAAGCCCGGUCAACUGAACCCCAGAGCGGCUGAAGAGGAACAGGAUGGAAUGUCACCCAAGCAAGUUAUAGCUUCUAUUGCAGGAGACCGCAAGAAAGCUAUUGACUUCUGGCGUGCCCUUGGAUUUCGUCGAAUUGCCAAUUCUGAGUGGUUUGCGACUGCCUUCGAUGCCUUGCACGUCGUGCAUCAGCUUGCUGCUGAGGAUGACUUUGAUCCUCGAGAAGGUGUACAGCUUGACGUCGACGAUGACCAAAAGGCUUUGGGCGCCCUACCAUCGAUCGAAGAGACUCCAGUGACUCCGCCCACAAGUCUUCGAGAAAUCAAUCUCACCCUUAAGGAUCUUGGCGACCACGAACCUCUGAGCGCUCUUAGCGACGAGGAAUCUGACGAUGAUGGUGAUGAUGAUGACUUUGACGAGGAUGACCCUUUCCCUUGGGAUCCAAACAGGGUUACUAGUGAAGCCAAAGCAUACUUCCAAAGUCGAGGUAUUUUCGAUCAUUAGGCUUGUUUUUUUCUUCAAAAGUUUAAUGAUUUAUAAGGAUAGCAAAUUGAAAUAUUAGUCUGCGCACC